UGUCUGAUAACUCUAUGUACAGUUAGCAUAUAUUAACAAGCUAAUUAAUGACGUAUACUAGACUUACCUGUGUAUUUGAAUAGAUACAAGAACAUCUUAUAUAUAGAGAGAGAGUAAUGGACACUUUUGAUGGAUUCACCUCCAAGCGUUCAGGAAAGCAAACCUGGCAACUUCCUGAAGACAUGUUAGGACAAGGAAGCGACGUUCUCACAAAAUCUGAGCCAGAUUUUUCAAGCUUACCAUCCUCAAGUAUCUCUCUGCUUCAGACUAUACGUGAAAACUUUCUCAUCUGCUCUGUCUGCAGUGAAAAUUACGACAAUGGAGAACGACAGCCGAAAUUACUGCCUUGCAACCACACUUUCUGUAAACACUGCCUGAUUCAGAUGGUGCAAACACUUAGAAAACCCGAACAUUUUCUUCAGUGUCCAAUUUGUCGUAGAAACACUUAUAGAAACAUUGACCUAGACAGAUUGCCAUUAGAUCACAAAGCUCUUCGGAUGAUGGACUGCAUUUCCGGUUCUGCUCAAAACGGAUGCUCGAAACAUGCCGACCAGCCUUUGAGCUUCUUUUGCAGGACAUGCUGUACUUCCAUCUGUAGAGACUGUACUGUCAUUGACCACAGAGAUUCCAAAAACCACGACAUCACAAAUAUAAACGAAGUCGCCAAAGAAAUCGAGGGCGAAUUUCUAUCCAUUCAAACGCGAGCGGCUGAAGUCUUGUCUCAGUUUGACCAGAAAUUUGGUGCCCCAAAAACUGCUCAAAAGAAACUUGAUCGAUACGAGGCAAGUGCCAAGGAAAUGGUUAACUACGUGUUUGAGGAACUUAUUGAAAACUUGAAACAAAGAAACGCAUAUUUACAAGAGCAAAUCUCGGAUGCUGUUAGUCGUGAGAGACACGUGCUCAAACGUGUCCAGGACGAUGUUGAAAUCGAGAGGAAGAGUUUCUCCCUUCUGGUGGAGCAGCUCAACCAGAUGUCGAUCAUCGAUGAUGCCUUUUCCGCCAUUGAAGUGUUCAAUGAGUUAAAACUGAAAGAAAAGUCUUUGCUCUUGACGAUUGAAGAAGGAAGCGAGGCCUUAGGCCUUGUUCGCUUUAACUUUGUCCCUGUUAAUUGUGACAAGCUGCUAAGUGAGAUCAGUGACCUAGGAGAAAUUGAGACCUUGAAAGACAAUGGGUCAGCAGAGAGUUCAAGGUUAUAGAUCAGGGGUUCUCAACCUGUGGGUCGCGACCCCUUUGGGGGUCGAUUGACGAAUUGCCAGGGGUCGCCUAAGACCAUCGAAAAUAUGGAUUGUUAUUGUCUAUUGCUGUUUGUGUGUGUUUUUUCUUUUUUUUUUUGGGGGGGGGGGGGUCGCGGCAGAGUGGGAAAAUAUAAAAAGGGGUCGCCGAGCUUAAAAGGUUGAGAACUGCUGUUAUAGAGUGUAGUGGACACAGAAGAUAUGGAGUGUAUGUUCAACUGAUUUUGAGAAAUCAAGUGUAAUAAUAAUUACACUUGAAAUAUGUGUUUGUAUGUUGACUAAUUGCAGGCGACCCUCUUUGGCAAGCUCACAGGAGACUGCGUAACAGAGGUGCCCGCUAUAAAAGAUCAACUCAGGCUUCAUUUCGCUCUCACUGGCUUAAAUGAAAGUAGCUGGCCGAAGAUGGUCUCUGAAUUAGUUCUCUUACAAAGGCUCAGGGACACAUAUUUGGGACUGAAAGAAAAGCCAUUAUUCAAGACAGGAUCAGAAAACGAAAAGCAAAAAUUAAAUAGACUUCCAUCGUACAACGGCUUUGUCUGCAUGAGAACAAUAAGCAGGGGGCAUAACUGGGUUUGUGUAGACAUGUGAAAUACUGACUAAUCUUAUAUCUUUUAAAUCUAAGAUAUUAUUUAUGUAAACCCUUGAUAAGCAUUUUCAUUUCUUUAUAAACGUUUUGGUGAAAGUUUGCAACGCAGUGCAAAAUAUUUUAGGAUUUUUGACGAAAGUAAUUGUCACCAUUAAUAUGCGUUACGAAAAAAAUUAUUGUUGAAAAUGUUAAUGUUUAUUUUAUGGUAGAAAUUAAAUACAUGCAUUAUAUUUUUAACUUAAUUCUCUAUAAUUAAACUCUUCAAAAGUGCCUGAAACUAUACGUCAUCAUAUAAGAAGACUUUCAUUAAGUAAGAUAUUUCUUAGGUACUUUUGUUAUUAAAUUUGUUAUAAAUAUUUGUUAGGAAUUUUUGUUAUGAAAUUUGUUAUAAAUAUUUGUUAUGAAUUUUUGUUAUGAAAUUGUUUAUUUUUGUUAUGAAUUUUUAGACGUAUCCAGCUAAUCGGAAUAUAACUUUCUUCCUAACUUUUGUUCUCUAUAACAUGAAAAUAAUUUUACUGAUCCAAAAAGAUAAAGGAAUGUCUAAGUUCUUUAAAAAAGAAGGGAGAAGGUUUUCCGUGCUGCCUUUAGGCGCUAAGUAAACACAACUCUGCUCGAGGCGGGAGUCGAGCCCUUCCAUAGGUAGCCAAGCUAAGCAAAGCUCAAACGUACUUAGCCUCUCGACCACACUUCCCAUAAUGUUAGGUCAGCUCCCAAACAUAAAAAAAAGGUGGCGUUUCUGAGCCUAACGCACACCUGGUUGAUAAUUGAACUUACGAACAUCGGAGAUGAUUGUCAGUGUGUUGGCAACACUGUAUCCUAGUUUCAAUAACACAUUUCUGUUGGUAGAGAACAAAAGAGUUCUAUAAAACAUUGAACUUGGAGUCAUAUCGACAAAACAAAGUGGUGCCAAGAUGAAGAUCGCUGACUCUAACUGCUAAAUGCAGAGGCGGCGCUAAUGUGUAUGAAAGAGGUGGCUACAGUACAGCGCUAGAAUGUCAGAAACAAUAAUUGCAUUAUAAUAAAACAAGAACAACAUUAAAAAAAUACUUUAAAGAAAUUAAAGCUUAUACGGAGAGUAAUUGUAUCAAUUAGUUUGGAUCAGUGAUGUUAUUAAAUUUGUAAUAGAUCUAGACUAUUCUAGACCAACAACAAUAAAUCUAUGGGAUUAACAA